UGCACGGUGAGAGGAAAGCAGUGCGUGCGGCAUGCUGAGGCCACUCCCCCUGGCUCAGGAUGAGUGUCAGAGAUGGCGCUGCCACUAUGGCAACAAACGCAGGUGGAGGAGGAGGGGGAGGUGGGCCAGCUAACCCUAACAAUCACGAUGGCCGCUCAUACCUGCUCCAGAUCUACCCACGGUUGGCUGCCCAGCCCACCACCUGCUGCAACCUUAGAGUGCAGAAGGAUGCUACAGCAGACUCAGUGAUCUCGGAUGCUGCCACGGCACUGGGGCUGGACCCUGGCCGCAAGUAUGUGCUCGCAGAGGUGAAGGAAUGUGGCGGGGAAGAAUGGGUGCUAGAGGCGGGAGACUUGCCAGCACAGAGGUUUUUGCUGUGGCCUCGGAAAGCCCAGGAGCAACAUCCUCAGAGCCUUGGCUUUUACUUCUUACUACAGGAGAGGAACCAUGAUGGUUCUAUCCGUUAUGUCCACCUCCCCCCUGUAUCUAAGGAGCAAGAGGCACUGCGGCUAGCCGCCAGAGGCUUCCUUCCCCCUCCACAGGACAACUUUGCAGACCUCUGUAACCUCCCUGUCCUCAAUGAGGACAGCAUAUUAAACAACCUGCGCACACGCUUUUACAAGAAAAAGAUAUACACCUAUGCAGGCAGCAUCCUCAUCGCCAUCAACCCUUUCAAGUUCCUUCCCAUCUACAACCCUAAGUACGUCAAGAUGUACGAGAACCACCAGCUGGGCAAACUGGAGCCUCAUAUUUUUGCUAUCGCAGAUGUGGCCUACUAUGCUAUGCUCAGGAAGAGGGUCAACCAAUGCAUCGUCAUCUCUGGGGAAAGUGGCUCAGGCAAGACCCAGAGUACCAACUUCCUGAUCCACUGUCUGACUGCGCUCAGCCAGAAGGGCUAUGCCAGUGGGGUGGAGAGGACCAUACUGGGAGCUGGGCCAGUCCUGGAGGCCUUCGGAAACGCCAAGACAGCCCACAACAACAACUCCAGCCGCUUUGGUAAAUUCAUCCAGGUUAAUUACCUGGAGAGCGGUGUGGUCAGAGGGGCUGUGGUAGAGAAGUAUCUCCUGGAGAAGUCUCGUCUGGUCUCCCGAGAGAAGAACGAGAGGAACUACCACGUGUUUUAUUACCUGUUGUUGGGAGCUUCAGAGGAGGAGAGAAAGGAGUUCAAGUUGCUGCCGCCUGAAGACUACUUCUACCUCAAGCAGCAAAACUUUAAGAUAGAAGAUGAGGAAGACUUGCGUCAUGACUUCGAAAGGCUGCAGCAGGCGAUGGAGAUGGUUGGCUUCCUUCCUGCCACAAAAAAACAGAUCUUUUCUGUGCUUUCGGCCAUCUUGUAUCUGGGCAACGUGACCUACAGGAGGAAGUCGACAGGCCGAGACGAGGGGUUGGAUGUGGGACCGCCAGAGGUCCUGGCUACACUCUCAGACCUGCUAAAGGUUAAAGAGGAGCUGCUGGUUGAGGCGCUGACGAAGAGAAAAACGGUGACAGUCAACGACAAGCUGAUCCUCCCCUACAGCCACUCUGAGGCUAUCACAGCAAGAGACUCCAUGGCCAAAUCUCUGUACAGCGCCUUGUUUGACUGGAUCGUGCUACGCAUCAAUCACGCGCUGCUUAACAAGAAAGAUAUGGAGGAAUCUGUCCCAUGCUUGUCCAUUGGUGUUCUGGACAUUUUUGGCUUUGAGGACUUUGAGACCAACAGCUUUGAGCAGUUCUGCAUCAACUAUGCAAACGAGCAGCUGCAGUAUUAUUUCAACCACCACAUCUUCAAUUUGGAGCAGGAGGAGUACCAAGCAGAGGGAAUCACCUGGCACAACAUCGACUACACAGACAAUGUGGGCUGUAUCCACCUCAUCAGCAAGAAACCCACUGGCCUGCUCUACUUGUUGGAUGAGGAGAGCAACUUCCCCCAUGCCACAGAUGAGACAUUAUUGGCCAAAUUCAAGCAGCAGCACCAGGGGAACAAAUACUUUGUACCCACACCAGUCAUGGAGCCUGCCUUCGUCAUUCAACACUUUGCUGGGAAAGUCAAAUAUCAAAUCAAGGAUUUCCGGGAGAAGAACACUGACCACAUGCGUCCCGACAUUGUGGCGUUGUUGCGGAGUAGCGAUCGUGCAUAUGUGCGGCAGCUCAUCGGCAUGGACCCGGUGGCCAUGUUUAGAUGGGGCAUCCUGCGCGCCACAAUCAGAGGCAUUGCUGCUUUUAACGAAGCUGGCCGCUCCUGGGCCGCCAAAACUUCAGGUGUUGUCCGGCCAAUCUCCAGAACUCCUUUAGGAGAGCUUCAGCGGUCCAAUGCCCCUAUAGACAGAAUGUACAAACGAGCGUCUAUGCUCGAUUCUGCUUUGAUCACUCAGAGGAGCGCCCUCGAGGCCUUUGAAGACAUCUUUGCUAGCUAUGAGAGUAAGAA